GAUAUAUCUCUUCAAAGCAUUUUCUCUCCCUCCAAAACCCCUUUUCACAUUCCCCCCUUUCUCUCUCUCUCUAGGAUUAGGGUUUCACCACUCACUCCAUACAAAAUACAUACAACCCCAAUAUAUCUAUAUACAUGUUCUCCGAUCACCACCGUGAAUCUCCACCGUAAACAACCAUGCCGUUAUUCAUUUCCGACGAAGAAUACACUCGAAUCUCACACGAUCCAUCUCUAAUUUCUCAAAAAGCCGACGCCUUUAUUUCACAACUUUACAAUCAAAUCGAAACCGAAAAAGCUCAAUUCGACGCCUCUUCGAUAACCGCCGAACAAACGUGCUCGCUUCUCGAACAAAAAUAUGUCUCUCUGAAAUCCGAAUUUGUUGCUCUUCAAUCGCAACACUCGCAGGUCAAUUCUGAUUUGGAAAAACGUGGUUCCGAACUUGCGCAGCUUCAAGCCGAAAAGCAUCAGAUUUAUCUUCAAUCGAUUGGCAAAGAUGGUGAGAUUGAACGGCUGUCAUUGGAAGCUUCAGAUCUUCGAAAAUCCAAAAGUCAAUUGCUGCAGCUGAUUGAACAUAAGAAUCUAGAGAUUAAUGAGAAGAAUUCUAGCAUCAAGGGAUAUCUUGACAAGAUUGUUUCUUUGACCGACAAUGCUUCAUCUAAAGAAUCACGUAUCAGUGAACUGGAGUCUGACCAUGCUCGGGUUCACACUUCUUUGGCUCGUUUGUCUCAGGAGAAAGAAUUAGUUGAGAGACAUAAUCUUUGGCUUAACGAUGAGUUGACCGCUAAAGUCAACAGUUUAUUGCAGCUCAGAAAGGUACAUAAUGAACUAGAGGCUGAUAUGUCUUCUAAGCUUGCAGAUCUUGAAAGAAAAUACAAUGAAACUUCUAGCUCUUUGAAGUGGAAGGAUGAUAGAGUGAAGGAGCUCGAGUCAAAGCUUGAAGCUUUACAGAAUGAGCUAUGUUCAUCUAAAGAUACGGCUGCUGCAAAUGAGGAGCGAUUGUCUGCCGAGCUUUCUACUGUAAAUAAACUUGCUGAACUCUACAAAGAGAAUUCAGAUGAAUUGUCCAAAAAGUCUGGAGAGCUCGAGGGUGUUAUCAAGGCUUUGGAGUCGCAUGCAAGUCAGGUUGAAAAAGAUUUCAAAGAACGGCUUGAUAAAGAAACAGCCAGUAGAAUAGAAUUUGAGAAAGAAGUUUCGGUUUUAAAAGCAAAACUUGAGAAGUGUGAAGUGGAUUUGGAAAAUUCUAGAAAAUCAGACCAGAUUGGUCUUCUGCAACUGAGCAGUUUCAAUAUGAAAACAUAUGGAAACUCUAACAUGGACAGUGAGGCUGACAACAAUCUAAUGCUUGUUCCCAGUAUUCCGGCAGGUAUAUCGGGCACGGCGUUAGCUGCUUCCCUUCUGCGUGAUGGUUGGAGUUUAGUUAAAAUGUAUGAAAAAUACCAAGAAGCUGUUGAUGCUUUGAGACAUGAACAAUUGGGAAGAAAACAGUCUGAAUUGAUACUUGAAAGGGUUUAUCAUGAAAUAGAAGAGAGAGCUGAUGUCCUAAUGGAUGAACGAGCAGAACAUGAAAGAAUGGUUGAAGCUUAUGAUGCAAUAAAUGAAAAGCUGCAGAAUUCUCUUUCUGAGCAAAAUGCCCUUGAGAGAACUAUUCAGGAGCUGAAGGCUGAAUUGAAAAGGCAUGAAAGGGACUACAAUUUAGCUCAAAAGGAGAACACUGAUCUUCAAAAGCAAGUGACGGUUUUGUUGAAGGAAUGUCGUGACAUACAACUUCGUUGCGGAUCUGAUGGUUACGGUUCUGCCAUGGAGCAGCUGAAUGCCACUUCAGAUGCUAACAGCGAUUUCUCUGAAAAGCUGUUAACUUUCAGAGAUAUAAAUGGGUUAGUUGAGCAGAAUGUACAGCUUCGUGGUCUAGUUCGUCUUUUAACCGAGCAGAUUGAGAGUAAAGAAACAGAGUUAAAGCAGAAUUUUGAGGAAGAGUUCCGUAAACAUUCUAAUGAAACCGCUUGUAAAGUUGAUGCAGUUUUGGCGAGAGCAGAAGAACAAGCUCAAAUGAUUGAAUCGCUUCAUACAACUGUUGCGAUGUACAAGAAAUUAUACGAGGAAGAGCAUAAACGUCAUCUUACACUUUCACAAUCUCCAGAUGCAGCACCGUUGGAAAAAAUGAAUAAUGUUCCACUUCUACUUGAAGGUUCUCAAGAUGCUUCAAAAAGGGCACUCGAGAAAGCCUAUGAGCGCAUAAAGCUUCUAGAAGAUGAGAUGGCGGGGUUAAGAAGUGAGAUCAUCACAUUAAGGUCACAGAAUAACAAGUUGACGCUAGAAGCAACUUUUGCACAUGAGAAACUUGAGCGGUUUAUGAAAGAUUUUGAUCAUCAACGAGAAGAAACAAAUGGAAUUAUAUCAAGAAAUGUUGAGUUCUCACAGUUGAUAGUUGAUUAUCAAAAGAAGAUCCGUGAAGCUUCUGAAAAUUUACAUAUUGCUGAGGACUUGUCACGGAAGCUAAACAUGGAGGUAUCUGUUUUAAAGCGUGAAAAAGAAAUAUUAAUUAAUUCUGAAAAACGAGCAUUUGAGGAGGUUCGUAGUAUGUCAGAUAGAGUUCAGCAGUUGCAGGCUACAUUGAACACAAUUCAGAGUGCUGAAGAAGUUCGAGAAGAAUCUAGAAGUGCUCAUCGCAUGAGUCAAGAGGAUUAUGUAAAACGUACCGAGCAAGAAUGGGCUGAGGCUAAAAAAGAACUCCAGAUAGAACGGGAUAAUGUUCGAAAGCUCACGCUUGAGCAUGAAUCAGCUAUGCGGGGGUCCAUGCAACGUAUAGAGGAGAUGGGAAAAGAAUUAGCUAAUGCUUUACAUGCUGUUUCUGAAGCUAAUGCUAGAGCUUCUGUUGCUGAAGAACGAUUAUCUCACUAUGAGAAAACGAAGAGUUCUGAGCUAGAUAAAAAUGCGUCUACUUCAAAUACAGAUGACAUGGCUCAGUUGAAGGAAGAGAAUGAGAAAUUGAGAGUAGAAGCCCAAUCUUGUAAAGAUCAUAUGUUGCAAUAUAGGAGCCUUGCAAAUGUGAAUGAGGCUGCCUUAAAACAGAUGGAAGAUUCUCAUGAAAAUUUUAAAGCUGAGGCAGAGAAGGUGAAGAAAUCAUUAGAAGAUGAAGUUGCAUCACUCAAAGAGCAUGUAAGUCAGCUUCAAGAUGGUUAUAAUCUGAAGGCAAAAGAAGUAGCUUCUGCUGCUGAAUCACAAGAAGAAGCUCUUGCUUCCUCAUUGUUAGAGAUUUCUAAGUUAAGGGAAGAAUGUAGUGAAAAACUGUUGCGUAUUGAGGGUUUGGAGUCGCAAAUGUCAGCAAUGAAAAAUAAUUUGGAAAAUGAGCAUUUAAGAUGGCGUACGGCACAAGAGAAUUAUGAAAGGCAGGUUAUACUCCAGUCUGAGACAAUUCAAGAGUUGACCAAAACAUCACAAGAAUUGGCUAAAGUACAAGAGAAAGCAUCCGAGCUCGAGAGGAUAUCUGACAUCCUCAAAAUUGAGAACAGUGAGCUAAAAAGCAAGUGGGAGACUGAAAAGCUGGCGUUGGAAGAGGCAAAAGAAAGAUCAGAGAAGAAGUAUAACGAAAUUAAUGAACAAAACAAGUUGUUGCUUGAUCAGCUUGAGGCACUGCACAUUAAAAUGGCAGAAACGAGUCAUGGUUCUGGCUCUGGUGUGCAAUCUUCUGAUGAUGGUGGGAUGCAGAAUGUGGUGAAGUAUUUGAGGCGGUCUAAAGAGAUUGCAGAGACUGAGAUUUCUUUACUGAAACAGGAAAAGCUACGGCUACAGUCUCAGCUUGAAGGUGCCUUGAAGGCUGAAUCAGUUGCUCAGGGGUUACUCCGUGCCGAGAGAGAAAGUUCCCGAAAGGUGCAUUUUACAGAAGAAGAAUUUAAAGCGCUGCAGGUUCAAGUCAGAGAGAUGAAUUUGCUUCGAGAGAGCAAUGUACAGCUUAGGGAGGAAAACAAACACAAUUUUGAUGAAUGUCAAAAGCUACGCCAGUUUACACAUAAUGCAAGAAGUGAAGUUGAAAGGUUAGAGGGUUUGCUUGGUGAAAAGCAAAAAGAGGUGGAAGCUUGUAAGAGAGAGAUAGAGAUACAAAAGAAAGACAGGAAAGAUCUAGAAACAAAAUUGGGUGAACUGCUCAAUAAAUUUAAAGAUAUAGAUCCCGAAGAUUACGGUCGUAUGCGAGCUGAUGCCCUUGAGAUGAACAAAAAGUUGUUUGAUAAGGAAGGACAGUUGGAGGAGAUGAAGAAACUUGUUUCUGAAAAACUAGUUGUAAUCCAACGGUUUGAACAGGAUCUUUCAAGAAGCAAGGUGGAAAUGGCUGAAAAAGAGUCAAGAAUUAACAAUCUUUUACAAACCGAGACCUCCCUUAAAUUGGAAAUGGACAAGCACAAAAGGUUUACUGCCCAGUUUAAAAGACGUAGUGAUAACCUGUCUAAGGAGAAAGAGGAACUUUCAAGGAAGAAUUUGGAACUUUCCAAAGAGUUGGCCGAUUCUAGCAAGAUAAAACGGAGCAAUGUGGAGAGUGCAGGCGAACAGGCUGAGAAAGAUGCAAAGCUACAGAUACUCGAGAGAACUGUUGAGAAACAAAGGGAUGAGUUACGGGAGAUGGAAGCGAAAGAUACGAGGAUACAGAUGCUAGAAAAAACUUUGGAAAGAUUAAAAGAGGAUAAUAAAAAACUUGGGAAAGCAAAUAGUCAAAAGAAUGAUGAAUUGGAGAAACGUAAGCAGGCACUGAAAACUGUUUCAGAUGGAGUUGAAAACAUCAAGCGUACCCCUGAAUCGGAAGCGGUACCACCUCAUUCAGGUGAUACCUUUGACAAUCUUGCUGCUACCGCUGAUAUACCUCCAGUUUCCACCACAGGCGAGGUGGCUACUACAAGUACUGUGACAUCAGUAGUACCUGCAUCUCAGAACAUAGAUGAGAGUACUAAGCCACCGGUUGCAGCCAAACCAAAAGUUGAACCACGUAAAAUGGCAAGGAGGUUAGUCCGUCCCCGUAUUGUAAAACCCGAGCAACCUAAGGCUGAUGUUGAUAUGUUCGAGUUACAGUCAUCUGCACGCAAACGUCCUUCUGCUUCGGAGGGAAAAUAUGGAUCACAGUUGCAGGAGAGCACUAUGUCUGAUGUGGCAGCACCUCUCACCAAGAGAUCAAGGGGUUCAGAGCAGCAAGAGAGUACAGAAGGUCAAAAUGUCACAGUGACUUCACAUGCUUCUGAAACAGUUUCUUUUCCCACUGAUGAAAAUAUUGCAGAGGAACAAACUAUUAAGGAGGAUGAGGAAGUUGAGACUGGUGAUGAACAGCUGGUUGAGGACCAAGCAGAGUUACAGAACGAUAGAAGUGAUAUUGCUGAAGAAAAUGUAAGCAGGCCAACUGAAAACGAGGUUACUGAAGAUCCACCAAAGAUUACUAAUGUGGAGCACGGACAAUUCGAACCAGAAACAGAUGAAGCUGGAAGUGAGCCUGAAGAGGGAGAAAUGGUUUCAGAUGCUGCUAUUGGUCAUGAAGGUGGUGGCCAAGAAACGGGGGAAGCUCAAUUAGUUGAGCAUCAAAUUAGGUCACCUUCGCCCAUGCCAAUUGAAGAUGAAAUGACUGAAGACACCCUAGGGGAUAUGGAGAUCGGCUCCCCAUCUUUAACAGAAGACAAUGAAGACAAGAACGAAGAAGGUGAAAUAGAAGCGGAAGAAACAACUCCAGAGAGUUCAACUGAUAAGGUGAAUAAUGACAGGAAUGAUGAAGCAGGGUCCAUGGCUGAAGAGGCUACCACCACUGCUGUUACAAUCCCUGCAGUAUCCGAGGCACCAUCAAAAACUUCCGCUUUGGUUGAAACAAGUGCAUCAAAACAAGAUAGUAGCACGCUAAGCAGUGUAUCAACAUCAGGGUCGACAGAAGUAAAGCCAGAAGAGCCAGUUGCGGAUACAGUCCCAAGAACUAUUAAUUUGAAUGAGAGAGCAAGGCAAAGGUCUUGGCAAAGGUUGGGUGUAGCACAACCUUCACCUCCUGUUACCAGGGGUCGUGGAAGGGUGAUUCAGCGGGGACGAGCUCGUGGAGGACGCACUGGCCGUGGUGGACAAACCCCCGGCUCUCAAGGUAUGUGAUGCAAGUUGUGGUCCCCUCUCCACCUGAUGUUGACCCGUACUCUUUCUUUACUAUCAGAGGUUGGACAAUAAAUAUUAGUGAAGGAGUUGAUCUUCUAGAGCUGAUGAUACAGAAAAGUAUAAUUGAUUGAAUGUAGAAAACAUGUCGAGGAUGGUCAGUCACGGAGUUUUGGGUUACAGACGGAAAACCAUAGUUUUGUUUGAAUGAAAGGACUUUGGGCCUCAGUAGACAUCUCCGGUAUGAAUCUGCAUGGAUUGUUCAUCAGGAUCUAUAGGGAUUUGAAUUGGUUGCAUAUUUAGUUAAUAUUCGUUAGAAACAUCCAUGGACCGUUAUGAUUUUUGUGCACAUCUCCGCAUCUUCUUUCUUGCAUUCCAAAACCUGCAAGAUUUUUCUCAAUAUAAUAUCGGAAAAUUUUUUGAGGCU